GUGAGGUGUUAGUGGACUUAACAGGGCAGGUACAGCAGGCUCACAGGUUCACAUCCACACCUCAGUGGUGCAGGAGACAAAACACUCACACACCACAGGAACAGCAGCCUUUCACCAGAUUUCCUGUGUGUGUGGCUUCAUGCAGCAAGGGUUCCUGCUCUGAGCCGCAUGGUUAACAGACGCUUGGAGACUCACCCAGGGCCAUGACGUCCAAUCUGUCCUGCCUGUCCUCUCUGAAGGAAGACGACAGUCCACUCUACAUUCAGCCACACUACAAAGAAUCCUACCGCUUGGCCAUUUAUGCCCUGCUCUGUGGCGGCAGAGACGCCUACGAGGAGUUUCUGUGCGCCGAGCAGAUCAGCCACUUCCUUUCUGAGGAGGAGAUCUUCUUCAUCCUACAGAAUGCUGAGUCGCCGCUCGUGGAGGAUGACGCAGAGGGCAGAGAGGUCACGGAGGUGGCCAGCCCCUCCACCUACUUCCCAAUGGAGUCGGACGAGGAGGUGCCGGACCUGGACCUGGGCUGGCCCGAGGUCGCACUGGAGGGCACGGACACAAGCAUCAGCCUGUUGUUCCAACCGCCCCGAGAGAACACGCCAAGCAUCAAGGAAGUGGUCCGCAAACAGAUUCAGGAGGCGAGGAAGGUUAUCGCCAUAGCGAUGGACAUCUUCACCGAUGUUGACAUCUUCAAAGAGAUCGUCAGCGCCACGCUGAGGGGCGUGGUCGUCUACAUCCUCCUGGAUGAUUCCCAGUUCGCGAGCUUCCUCACCAUGUCACACAGAGUGGGCGUGAACAUCCAGGACCUGAAGAACAUUCGAGUUCGGACCGUUCAGGGGCAGCAGUACCAGUGCCAGUCUGGGGUCAAGUUUUAUGGCGAUAUGGAGCAGAAGUUUAUCCUGGUGGACUGCCAGACCGUUUUGUAUGGAACUUACAGCUAUACGUGGUCAUCUGAGAAGAUUAACCUCAGUAUGGUUCUGGUGGUAACUGGUCAGCUGGUUAGCUCUUAUGACGAGGAGUUUCGGAGGCUGUACGCUCGCUCCACAGUUCCUGAGGUUCUGUCCAGGGAGAAGCUGUCUGCCCAGUACCUGAGAGACACAGUGACCUUGCAGAGCCCAAACUCCAGCCAACUUUCCCUUCACCAGCUUCAUAUGAACCCCAGAGGGAUGCACGGCAUGAGAAGUGCACAGGAUGACAGGUUAAUUAACACCACCAUACUAACAAGGGGCGUGAGUGUCCAGGAUAGGCUCCAUCAGUCUCACUGUCCUGAGAUGGGGACACUGGUGCGGGGUCACAGUUACGGUGGAGAACUGCAAAAGUUAAACUCAAUGAGUCGGCUGAGGAUGGGGACCAAGGACGUUGGACCACAUGACAGGACUACUUCUCACCUGAGAGGGGGUGGUGACUUGAUGCCAACAAGCAGGUUAUCUCAGCAGCACCUUCGCCAUCGCACUCGCUAUGGUACGGACCAGAAUCUGAUCCCAUUUAACUCGGAAACCUCGCUGAACAGGUGGAAGAUCGACACAUACUUUAAUGAAAAUGAUGCUCCUCUAGAUGCAUCAACUGAUGCACUAUCCCCAAUGAUAUCCCCAUACAGCAGUCACUCAGGCUUAAAUGACCACCAGUCACAACUGAUUCACAACAGAUCGAGGGAAAUUAAGUCCAGGUUGGAGGAAAUGAGGCAAAAGAGGCUCAGUCUGCAGGACUAUACCAAUCUCAGGCAGAGCCAAGAGUCCUUGAGGUCCAUGUAUCCCACUAUAGAAAGACCUAAAUAUAUGUCGUCACUGAGAAAUCUAGACAUGAAGCAAAGCGGGGCAGAGUUGGACACACAAAAUGGUCGUAUUGUGGAAUCAGCUAUCCAGAAAAUUAGGGAGCGCGAGCGAGGCAAUGAGCCUCUUUCCAGGACAGUAUCAGCUGCUGACUUAGAUAUGAAAAUGACUGACCCAUCACUCAAACUCUCUCAUUUGCAGACAAGCAAUCUCAGUAUCCAGCACCUGAGAACUAUGGAGUCUUUGAAGGAGAUCCCCGAAGAAAAAGAUAGUUCUAAUACUCGUAUCAACAUUUCAGAUGUAGCUGUGUCCCACAAUGGAUAUGAGGAAAGUAGCAAAGAUGAAAUUGCUGAUCCAAAAGGGAAAUUAAGCUUUCCUGCAGAAUCACAACGUACAGGUGAGGUCAGAGGAAGUCAUGGUUCUAUAGGGAAGCUGGCAAACAGUUCAGGCCCAGCUACUCCUAAAGAAAAAAAGAAAUCGGUUUCUAAAGAUGUAGACAACACACCAAAGAUCUCAAACCCAUCUACAGAAUCGCAGCAUUCAUCAGAGACCAAGGGAAGUCACUCAGAAAAGCGACGAGAGGAACCAUCACUUCAGAGGAAGAAUUCCAUGAGAAUGAAAGUUCAAUCAAUGCUUUCGUCAGAUGAAAAGAAAGAGAAAGCAUCCAAAAAAGAGGACAAGUCUCUCCAAAGGAAAUCCUCAAUGAGAUCACAGAAUGCCUCAGGAUCAAAUCAACCUCUCAAAGGGGAUCAUUCACAGACACCUGCUGCAGGACAAACAAGGAAAGGUCAAUCACCAACCACCUCAAGGUUGCAGAACUCUAGCAGUCCAGUCGACAAGCAUAAAGCUGCAUUCCCAAGAUUAUCACCUCAUCGUUCAAGCAAAAGAAAGACAAACCUUGCAGCUGAUCAGGAUCAAGGCUCAAAGAGCACUCUGGAUGACGAGGGGGCAACUGUUUUACAAACCAGAAGAGAGAAAGCCUACAGCCGGUAUGAGUAUUUGCUUAGUACUGAAAGGAUUCCUAUGGAUAAGUCCACAAGGAUGACAAGCAUGUAUUCCUCUGAGAGAGACAUUGACUAUUCAAUGUAUCAGGCACAAAGUGGCACAGACAACAAACUGGGAAGAUUCAUGCAGCGAGUAGGAAAUCUAAUAAGUAAGAACAAGUAGAGAUGUGGGAAGAUUGGAAGGCCAACACUCAGGGAUAAAACCCACUAGAACAGCUGCUGAUAACACAGCCCCAGAACAUGUGCUGGCAAGCAAAGAUUUAAGUCGUGUGGACACCAGUCAAAAUCAAGCCAAAUUAUUUCAAUGCAGUGACAGGAGUAGAGCACCUGCUAGAGGAGACUGUUCACUACAGUUCAGACAGACUUCCCUUGUUCAAUCUGCAUCAUUUGUGUAAGCAGUGGUGAAGUGGAAAUCUGUACCAGCAACAUUACUCUGCACCCACACUGAAAUACUUUAAUGAUGGCUGACGAUGAGUGACGAUGGGUGUGUCAAAUGCUUGGCAGUAGCAGCAGCUAUCAGAAGUUGGCAGAACAGUGACUUCAGACAAAGAGUUGCUAAUGUUGCUAAAACAGUACUGACACAAUGGCUAAUAUGUCUGUUGUUGAUGCACCCCCAGGGAUGACGGAUUAGCAAAUUAGCUACAAGCUAACUCUCUAAAACCUAAGCUGUAAAAUUCUUCUUCUGUACAUUGGCAGUUGUAAAAUCGUAGCAAUUUUAACAAAAAUGUUGUUGUGAGCCAUGGUGUGAUAUCACAGCUUGGACCCUUACUGUACAUGGACCAAGAUGUAACUUUAGAGCAUUAUUGGUUGAUUUAUUUUGGCUAGGACACGGACUGUAGGGUGUGUGAUCCCUUCUAUGUUUCCUUUGAUUUUUGAUUUUUUUUUUGUUGUGGCUAAGAACUUAUUAAGGAAAAUCUAAUUUCUGAUAUUUUAGCUCAAGAUGACAUCAUUAGACAGCAUCAUAUAACAUUUGAAUCAAAUUGUAUUUUACCCUAAACAUGGUGUGGAUAUGAAAAACACCCCACAGUCUAUUGGUAUUUUAAAAGCAGAAAGAAUAUGACAGUGAAGCUUCUAAUUAUUUUAUCAAGGUAAAAUAUAUUUUGAAAAUGUCUGUAUUAUUUGAUUUGUUUUCUUUCUUUGAAAAGUUUGAUAUCUAAGUUUGUUGACGUUUUCAAACGUAUGUUCAUCUGCCACUGAAAAUAGUCCCAAACCAUUGCACUUAUGCUCCUGUUCAAACAUCACUAUAUUGAAACUAUGUCAUCAUUACCAAUUUUAAAGGUUGGUGUAAAGGUUCAGUAGAAUGUCAUAAAAUAUUUUGAGAUUGGGAAAUAAAUAUUUGUUCUAACUGAAACAUGACCCAUAUCCUGUACCAUAGUAUAUGAUAUUAUUUAUUGUACAAAUCUAAACUAGUUGCAAACUCUGUUAACAACAAUUGUAAUGUAUAGCAGUAAACCUGGAACAAAUGUCUGCAUGGAAACACCACUCAGUGUGCUAAAAUGAUCUGCAAGAAUAGGUACCAUAAAUAACCAGGUUUAAUUAACCAUUAAAGUACAUGUGGUUUUGUGGUAAA